AUGUCGCGGCGGGCAUUGGUUUUUGAUGGACUGUGGUACUCACUAUGUCCGUCAUUUACCCCAUUGGCGCUGACCCGCCCCAAUCCCCUAUUGAAGCAGCGAAGGCUCAGCUCACGGCGAUGCUCGCCGCCAGCUCGCCGCAUUGCGGCGCCUCCGCCGCAUCGCUGCUACAGCACCAAUGCCAGCAAGUCCGACACGCGCAGUAAAUUUGAAGACACCCGGGGUUAUGACCAUUCGCGAAACUCACCUACACCCUUCUCCAAAUCCACCUUGUCAGCCAGCGAGCCGGUGGAGAACCAACACGAUAGCUCCAAUCUUGAGAACACAUACGAGAACGAAGAUGGGGAAAUAAUAUCGCCAGAGAAGGGACGAUCGUCUUUGACAUGGCGGGGAAGAUCAAUCAACGAAUGGCCCCGAGUGCCCAACCAUCUUGUCCAGAUGAACAAUGAACAACUGGAGACACUAUUACAAACGAAAAUGGCCGAGGAACCCAACAUUACGGGCGCGACACAGAUCGUGCGGUCGUUGGUACGGGACCGGGGUAUCAAGCCGUCUGCGCGGCACUAUAAAGCGCUUAUACUGGCGAAUUCAGACCCGAUGAAGGGCUCGCCGAUGUUUGUGAGGAGUCUGCUGGAGGAGAUGGAAGAACAGGGGAUUGCGGCGGACUCGGGAACACUACAUGCUGCGCUACAGGCUCUUGCUGUGCAUCCAGACUUUGCGCUCCGCCAAGAAGUCCUCCAAAAACUUCGAGACCGGUGGUUAUCCCUCAGCCCAGAUGGAUGGCAUUUCGUGGUGGCGGGUCUUCUCCGCGAGCACCAAUUUGAGAUGGUACUUGAACAGGUAGCCUUGAUGGCGCGGAAGGACAUCCAUGUGGAGGAUUGGCUGCACAGCUCAAUUAUCUACUAUCUCUGUGAUAUGGACGAACUCGACGAAGUGCUUCGCCUGAUGCAGAUCCGCGUUAACCAGGGUCAUGACAUGACGCCUCAGCUUUGGACGCAUGUGCUGCACACCGCAAUUGAAGCGCAGCACUAUAAGACGACGCGUUUUGUGUGGUGGCGCAUGGCGGAACUAGAUUACCUUCACCUGCCGAGUCAUUGGUGUAGUAAUGUCUUGAGACUGGCUGCCAGCAUGAGUGACAUUGACUUGGCCAAGUCGGUGUUGCGAUACCUCGCCCGGAACACGCUUUCGCCGACCCCGCAGGAUUACGAGCAGCUUAUUAUAACCCACGUGGGCGUAGGGGACCUUCCCGCUGCGUUCGGGGUCCUCUCUACCAUGCACGAAUCUGGCCACCGGAUCGAUCAAACGUCGACUAAACCCAUUCUCGCAUACAUGAUCCAGAGUAAACUGGACCGCCGGGAAGCGUGGCAGAUCCUCAAGCGGCUACGGAAUGAAAACCAGAGCAUUCCCCUUGCGAGUGUUGGCGUCAUUGCGGAAUUGUGUGAACACGAUGCGCAAAAUGACCCGUCGGUGGUGGACGACGCUGUGGGAUUCUACAAUGAACUCCACACGGUGUGUCCCCAAGGCGCCGAUCGCCCGGUGUACAACACGCUGAUCCGGAUGUGUCGCACGGCGGGCAAACGCGACGCUGGCAUAUUCCUGGUCAAAGAAAUGGCCACUUUGAACGUCAUCCCGGAUGCCGCCACCUUUGAAACCAUCAUCCUGAUGUGCCUUGAUGCGGGUAACUACAAAUCCGCACUGAUGUACUUGGUAGACCUAUCCAAGCGGCAAGAGACAGUCAGUGCCAAGGCGAAGGAGGAAAUCCGGAGCAUUUGCUCGCAGUCCGUGAGCGAGUAUGCGCUGCGGUUGCAGUAUCAUCCUUCUAUCCAGGAUGCGGAUGCACCCAAGGAGGAAGCAAACCCCGGCCAGGGUACAGAGAGGGCCCAGGAACCCGAAUCACCUGGCCGCCCUCACCGCGAGGUUAGUCGGGAGGAGAGAGUCGCGCAUAACAAAAGACGACGGCAGAAGAAACGUCGACAGCGAGCAUUGGAAAGACUCGCUGCCAAGGGUAUCAUGGACCCGGAGGCUGCGGAAAACCCCGAGUUGGACUCUGACAAGGAGGUGGAUGAGGUGGACGAGGUGGACAAGACCAGUAGUGACCCAGGCCCUACCCCGUCCAAGGCGGGCGAAUAG